AUGGCAUUGGCCAAACCGCCACCACCACGUCCUUUCGCAACGCCGAGAGGCAGAACCGCUCCAUAUCCUAGACCUUUUCCUGUUCUUACUCCACAAUCAUAUGUUCCAGGUGGUGCUGGUGGUGGUCUUUAUCCAGGUUAUCCACCUAUGGGAGGCAGUAAUUUUCCUGUAAUUACUCCAAACUCUUAUCUUCCUCCACCAGGUACUAUAGAACCACCAAUAAUGAAUUAUAGUGGUGCACCUCCUUUGUUAUCCCCUCCACCACCUUAUCCUCCAAUGCCUCCACCGCCGUAUCCUCCACCAUCUUAUCCUCCAAUGCCUCCACCAUCUUAUCCUCCAAUGCCCUGUCCACAUCGAGGUGGAAUGCCAAGAAUGGGACCACCACCACCAUAUUAUGAUCCAGGACUUCAUUCAUAUGGGCGUCAUCGUCCUGCGCGUAUGUGUCGUCGAGGUCAUCGUUCACGCCGUUGUCGUCCUGUUAUACAUAUUAUUGACUCAAGUUCAUGUUCAUCAGUAUCAUCAUGUACAACAAUCAGUUCAUGUUCACGUCAUCGUCAUCGAUCACAUUCUCAUUCACGACGAUGUGUAACAGCGCCACCACAACAGCCAAUUAUACUUCUACCUGUUCAAUGUCAACAACCACAAACAUCUAUAGCAGCUCCAGCUCAAAAUCAUAUACAAUCGCAACCUCAACAAAUCGUUUUACCACCUAUCCAAAUUCAACAACCAGGGCAAUUUCAACAACAACAACAGCAAUUAGCUUUACCAAUGCAACAACAAUUAGCAUUACCUAUGCAACAACAAGCUCUUGCUUUACCACCUAUGCAACUUACUCCGUCGAAUCUUUUUCCAAGUACAGCUUCAAGUCCAAUAGUAAUUUCGUGUGGUCAACCAAUGAUACAACCAUCAAUGUCACUCCCACAGAUUGCUAAUAUUGGACAACCACAACAAAUAAACGCUGGAUCUCUUCAAUGUAUGCAAGCUAUGCCGCAAUGCUCAUCACCAUUACAAUAUAUAUCAGGUGAACCACGUUCGACUAUUGUACCACAACAUAUUCUUGUAAACAGUACCAAGAAAAAACAAUUACCUAAGACAAAGACAACUUCAAGAUCUAAUUCAAUACGAGAUUUACCUCAAAAUGAUCUUAAAUUUGGUCGACGUCCAUUUGAUUGGUAUGAUAAUGAUAAGAAAAGUAAUGUUAUUAAUGAAAAAAUUCAAGUUGGACAACGAAGAACUACAGCUGUACGUUAA